UUGAACGUGUGUGGCCUCUAUCGAUGCACUGCAAACUUGACGCCGCUUCAAGCGCGCUGCAAACUUGACGGUAAACUUGAUCGUGUAUGGCAUCCAGCAGGAAGCACCGCUAUCGGAGCAAUAUCGGAGCUGUCUCUACACACACGCCUGCCGUUCAGUAUGAGAGUGUACGUAACAGAGUACCUUUAUAUUGACGACGCGUGCAAAUAUGCUGAUCCAGUAAUGGAAACUAUUGAUGAAAUAGUAUAA